UCUGCUCUCUGAGGGUCGAGUUUCACAUGGACUGGGCAACUGCAGGAGAUAAGGACCACCACAAACCUCGUCAUAUUCUGCUCCAAGUGCAAGGUAUUGGUGAUAGGAUAAAUAUUCCUCCCCAGAGAAAAGCUGGUAGCAUCCUGGUCCAGGAGUGGCAGCUUGGAGUUCCUGGUGCUGGAUCUGAGUUUCACUGGCCCUUGGGUUUCCUACACGUAAAACCGCUUGGAUGGAGCAACAAUCCACACUAUGAAGUUUAUAGGUCCCAGCCCCAUGCUUCCCACUGGUCCGGAGUAACGUUUGGAGGAGCCCAGCAGCGUGGUCCUUUUGGUAGCUCCCAAGGAUUUUUAGGAUCGCAGGAUGUAUGGACCCCCAAAACUCUCUGGAGAACAUUGGCUGCGGAUAAAAGCAUCUGGAAGUUCCCACCGUCUUUUUACGCUGUUUUUUCCUGGGUCACCUCAUGUCAUUUGGGAAGGAAGCCUCUCUGUCCUGAGGAUUAUAGCAAACCGGUCACUUACUGGAAUACCUCCCCUUGCGUUUUCUCAAGAUGGAGCCAUUGCUUUACCCAGCAGAAGGAUAUUUUUUCUUCUCCCAGAGCUUUUCCAGUGCAGCUGCGCUCAUGUCCAGCAGGUCUCAGUUGACUGCAAAAAGGAGAGAGGAGGAGCGUGUGGAAGGG